AAAUUUCGAUAAGUCAAAAAGCUUGCUUCUUCAAGCACCAAUAAGGAACUAACAAGCAUUAUCAACUUUGUAAAAAAUGAGAAAAAACAUCCUUCAAAUUGGACGCACCCUUGGUAACAAGAAGGUUGCUGCUCCUUUACUUCUUGCCACACAAACUCAUCAACAAGAAAGUAACUUCUCAACAAUCAACAAUACACAAUUACAUGGUGGAUUGAAAGAUAAGGACCGUAUUUUUACAAACUUGUAUGAAAACUUUGAUAGACAUAUUGAUGGUGCCAUGAAGAGGGGUGAUUGGUUUAAGACUAAAGAUUUAAUCAACAAAGGACCUGACUGGAUUAUUGACCAAAUUAAAAAAUCAGGACUUAGAGGUCGUGGUGGUGCUGGUUUCAACUCUGGUUUGAAGUAUUCUUUCAUGCCAAAGUCUAAUCCUGAUGGACGUCCAUCAUACCUUGUUAUUAACUCUGACGAAUCCGAACCAGGUACUUGUAAGGAUAGAGAAAUUGUUAGAAAUGAUCCACAUAAAUUAGUUGAAGGUGCUCUUUUGGUCGGUUUUGGUAUGAGAGCUAGAGCUGCUUAUAUUUACAUUCGUGGUGAAUUCUACAAUGAAUCAAGAAGAUUGCAAGAAGCCAUUGAUGAAGCCUAUCAAAAGGGUUUCCUUGGUAAGAAUGCAUGCGGAACUGGAUAUGAAUUUGAUGUAUAUGUCCAUCGUGGUGCUGGUGCUUAUAUUUGCGGUGAAGAAACUGCUUUAAUUGAAUCAAUUGAAGGUAAGCAAGGUAAACCAAGAUUGAAGCCUCCUUUCCCUGCUGGUGUUGGUUUGUUCUCUUGUCCAACUACUGUCACCAAUGUUGAAACUGUUGCUGUCGUUCCAACAAUUUUGAGAAGAUCUCCUGAAUGGUUUGCCGGUUUUGGUAGAAAGAAUAAUGCUGGUACCAAACUUUAUGCUAUUUCUGGUCACGUUAACACUCCUUGUGUUGUUGAAGAAGAAAUGAGUAUUCCAUUGAAGGAACUUAUUGAAAGACAUGCUGGAGGUGUUCGUGGUGGAUGGGACAAUUUAUUGGCUAUCAUUCCAGGUGGUAGUUCAGUUCCACUCAUUCCAAAGGAAAUUUGUGAAACUGUUCUCAUGGACUUUGAUGCUCUCAGAGAAGUUCAAUCUGGUUUGGGUACUGCUGCCGUCAUGGUUAUGGAUAAGUCAACUGAUAUUGUUGAUGCUAUUGCUCGUCUUUCUAAAUUCUAUGCCCAUGAAAGUUGUGGUCAAUGUACUCCAUGUAGAGAAGGUACUGGUUGGUUGUUGAACAUGAUGGACAGAAUGGUUAAGGGUAAUGCCGAAAUUGAAGAAAUUGAUACAUUGGAAGAAGUUUCUCGUCAAAUUGAAGGUCACACAAUUUGUGCUUUGGGUGAUGCUGCUGCUUGGCCAGUGCAAGGUUUGAUUCGUCACUUCAGAGGUGAAAUGGAAGAUAGAAUUAAGAAGUACAAGAAUGCUGAAAAGGCUAAGAGAGCUAGAAAUCAUAUUGUUCAUUAAAUCUUUGGAGGGCUUUCAAAAACAAAAGGGUGCUUGCCAAUUAAAUAAAAUAUAAAAAAACAAAUUAUU